AUGGACGACUCAGACAGUGGCAGUGACAGUGGCAGUGGCAGUGGCAGUGACUAUAGCAGUGCCAGAGAUGAAAGUAGUUUCGAACAUGUCGAAUUUGUGUACGAUAGUGAAGACAAAGAAAUCACAGAAGAAAUCAAACGAACCAUGACAAAGUUGAUUGUGCGCGGGCCUAAUGUAAAGACUAUUAAAGAGGGAGUCUUCAAGGAAUGUGCAAAGCUAAAGGAAAUUGAUUUCACCGAGGCAACUGCGUUGGAAACGAUUGGAGAUGAAGCCUUUCGGAAGUGUCCUAGUCUCCUUGCUUUCAAGUGCCCAUCCAAUGUCAAGACGAUUGGAAAGGACGCCUUUUAUGAAUGUGCAAAGCUAAAGGAAAUUGAUUUCACCGAGGCAACUGCGUUGGAAACGAUUGGAGGAUGGGCCUUUUUCUAUUGUUCUAGUCUGCUUGCUUUCAAGUGCCCAUCCAAUGUCAAGACGAUUAAAGAGCAGGCCUUUCUACGUUGUAAAAAGCUAAAGGAAUUUGAUUUCACCAAGGCAACUGCGUUGGAAACGAUUGAAGAAUGGGCCUUUAGCGACUGUCCUAGUCUUGAAAACGUCUACUUUGCUCCCAACGUGACAGUGGUCGGAAAGAGCAUCCUCAAAGACUGCCCAAAGCUCCAAUCUUUGAAGAUUCCCAGUGGCAAUCCAGCGAUUCAUAUUCGAUUGUACACAUCACUCAAUGAAGAUCAAAAGCAUUUGAUCACCUUGAAUGACAUAGUGAAUGUCUAUGCUUGCAAUCCAAUCAAGAAUUCCGAAUUGCUGGAGAACUCGGGGGAAGAAAAAUCGAUUCUUCACCAAGUGAGAGAAAAGUAUAUUGGUUCCAUUGUCGAUGGUACACGUCGUUUGCUUUCGAUUCCGGAGCGCAAUGGGUGGUUGCAAUUCUUGGCGAACAAUAUGGGCGACGGAACGGAUGACCCAGACAUGAGCAAGUUAUUGGACUAUCUUGAAACUGUGGAUAUCGAAAGAGUCCGACAGCUUGCCGAAACCAAGGAUCAAUCAGAGCGCACUGCAAAGUCGGUGGCAUCCAAACACAUCCAAGAAGUGUUUGAAGACCGAUUGUUCUUUCUCGGCCGCUACGAUAUUGCAAGAGGACCACCCAUUCACCAGUCGGCAACUUGUGUUGUGGUCAAGGCAACGGAUGCCAAGAUGAGGGAGUACUUUGAAGCAGAGUAUAAACCAUAUGAAGGAAGAGAAGUAGACGAGGAAUUGUUCCAGGAGAUAUUGGGCAAGUUGAAGUUGAUCCCACACGACAAGGAAAACAUCAAGGGUCUCUUCCAACGGGCAGAUGUUGACCGAACGAAAAAGAUUUCCAAAGAAGAGUUUGUGGACUUUUGCUUGGCCGAAAUUGGUGGCAAUGUGGUUCUAAAGCUGAUGCAGAACAAGGAUCAGUUUUGCCGAGAGGUGGAGCGUCGGGAACAGAAUAAACUGGACUCGAAAUAUGUGGUUGGUAGUAUUGGAAAGCAUGAUUUGGUCCAUUCAUCAGGAAAGGAUACCGCCAACCAGACAUUUCGGGAGAAGGUGGGUGUUUCGGCAGAGAAUUACAGCAAUGUCCUGGUGAUGCCUUAUGGAGAUCGGAAUUUGGACACUAUCUUUCGAAGUGAACGUCCUACACCAAUUACGGUUCGCAAUUUGAUGAAGCAAGUGGGAGAGGCCUUGCAGCAUUUGCAUAAGAUGAAAAUCAUUCAUGGUGACAUCAAAAUGUUGAAUGUGGUGAGAAUCACUCAUCUACUGGAGCUGAUUGAUUUGGAUGCAUCGACGAAAAAUGGUGAUUCUGCUGGAUCCAAGUUUUCUUCUGGCGUACUUCCACCAGAGAUGACAUAUAAGCUGAACACUCGAGAAGAGUUGGAAAUGUAUGAGCGGUAUGUCCAGAAUGGAACAGCAAGCGAUGAUGAGAAGCAAAAACGAAAGGUCUUGGUCACAACUGGGCAAGACAAGCAAUACUUUGUCGUUCGUUCGUUUUGGGAGGAGGAGCAGGAAGUGGAAUUAUGGGACGAUUUCAAUAAGGUGUACAAGAUCAAGAAAAAGCUAAUGCCAAUGAACAUGAAUGGGCUGCCGUAUGGGCUUGUGAAGGCUGAUGCCAGUCUGGAUGUAUGGUCGUUUGGUGUGCUGUUGUUCGAGCUGGUGACAAAGGAGCCUUUGUUCAAGGUGAACAAUGAGAACGAUAUCACAGACGGUGACGUGAUGAGACAGCUACACAAUUGGACUGAUGAAGACAUGAAGAUCAUAUUGAAUCGCAAGGUAACGGAUAAGUAUGCCCGUGAGGUGCUGCAGCACAUGCUUUGCCGUGAACCGACAGAUCGGUGGACGAUGGAAAAACUGCUAGAGCUCGAUUACUUCAAACCGGAACAGGUGCAAGCAGCGAAUGAAUUAAUGAAACGAAUUGAGACAACGACUGCACGAACUGAGACAACAGUUGCACGUACUGAGACCAUAGCUGCACGGACUGAGACCAUAGCUUUGGAGAAUCGAGAAAUCAUUAAAACAAAUUUUGAUCAAAUACACAAAGCACUAAAGAGUGUCCUGAGCCAUCAAAAAGUCGCCAAUUCUC